UCCACAGGUGUUUCCUUUCCGACUUCCAGGAGCAGACAGAAGCUGAAGGCCCCACAGCCUCUUGCUGGCUGGUAGCAGAGCUGCAGCCAUGAGGUCGUAGGGACCUUCCCGUGCGGCCUCCAUGGGUCCCACUCAGCUCACCACACAGGAUCAUGGGAAGCGAGUGGCAAGUGUGUUGGAGAUGGAGGAGGAAGGGCUCUCCCUCUUCCCUGCCUCAGACAACCCCCCUGAGCACGCAGAAAAUCCCCCCCUGAAGCGGAAGAAGGGCCCAGCCCCGAAGAUGCUGGGGAACGAAGUGUGCAGCGUGUGUGGGGACAAGGCCUCGGGCUUCCACUACAACGUGCUGAGCUGCGAAGGCUGCAAGGGCUUCUUCCGCCGCAGCGUCAUCAAGGGCGCGCAGUACGUGUGCAAGAACGGCGGCAAGUGCGAGAUGGACAUGUACAUGCGGCGCAAGUGCCAGGAGUGCCGGCUGCGCAAGUGCCAGGAGGCCGGCAUGCGGGAGCAGUAUGUUCUGUCCGAAGAGCAGAUUCGGUUGAAGAAACUGAAGAAGCAGGAAGAUGAUCAGGCCCGGACAGUUGUGGUGCGUCCAAACCCUGCGCACCCGCCAAGCCCUUCCCACAACCUGACGCCUGAACAGCAGAGCAUGAUAGAGAAGCUUGUGGCCGCCCAGCAGCAGUGCAACCAGCGCUCGUUCACAGACAGGCUCAAAGUCACGCCAUGGCCCCAGGUUCCUGACCCUAAUAACCGUGAAGCGAGGCAGCAGCGUUUUGCUCACUUUACAGAACUUGCAAUUAUCUCUGUGCAAGAGAUUGUGGACUUUGCCAAGCAGCUGCCUGGCUUUCUGGAGCUCACCAGGGAAGAUCAGAUUGCUUUGUUGAAGACAUCUACCAUAGAGGUGAUGUUGUUGGAGACGUCUCGACGGUAUAAUCCAGAGAUUGAGAGCAUCACGUUUCUUAAGGACCUGAGCUAUAAUCGGGAUGACUUCGCCAAAGCAGGUCUGCAAUUUGAGUUUAUUAACCCCAUCUUUGAGUUCUCAAAAGGAAUGAAUGAGCUACAGCUUAACGAUGCUGAAUAUGCACUUUUAAUUGCCAUCAACAUUUUCUCUGCAGACCGACCGAAUGUGCAGGACCAGUCACUGGUGGAGAGGCUGCAGCACACCUAUGUGGAAGCCCUUCAUUCUUAUAUUUGCAUCAACAGACCAAAUGACCACCUGAUGUUUCCACGGAUGUUAAUGAAGCUGGUCAGCCUGCGGACACUAAGUAGCGUCCACUCUGAACAGGUGUUUGCCCUUCGGCUGCAGGACAAGAAACUCCCUCCCCUGCUCUCGGAAAUCUGGGAUGUGCAUGAGUGACCGCACGCUCCCGGGGCGCUGACGCGCCGGCGUGGCGCCGUCUCCCAGCCUUCGCUAACGAGAAGCCAGCCUCCCCUCUCCAAGGCGCUGAGCUCCGGGCUAGGCCACGCAGGGAUGGAUGGGCCUGGGGUUUCAGUGAUGUCGUGACACUUCGUAGGAGGCAGCUGGGGUAGAUCACAUGGGGGGUUGGUUUUGAUGUAGUGCCCACACCCCGCAUGGAUAACAUGGAACAUCUGAAAACGGUAGAAAUGAAGACCUUCCCCAUAUACAUGUACACCUCUCUCAUCAGAGUCUCUUUCUCUUUUCUAAGCAUGACUUGGGGAUUUGCCCACUGAUCCUUUCCUUUCCUAUUGAUUAUGAAAGUGAAUUUGCAGGAACUUGCCAAAAUCUCUCUAUUGAGAGUAACCCAGCUCAGAAGGCUUCUGCAGGGUCCCCAGUGUACCUGGAUCUGAGGAGCUCAGGGAAGUCAAUGUGGAUGUUCUAGGGGUUUCACUGGGUUUCCUAUAAGUAAAAUCUCUUUUGUGUGCUGCCCUCUGCAAAGAUUCCCAGAGAAGUAACUGUUAUUUCUUUAUUGUGAGACUUCAUCUCUAGAGUUGCCCUUCCAUUCUGGCCCUCCUUUGGAAAGAGGAUUCCUGGAACGUGUAGUGACCUUUGC